AUGAGUGAAGAACAACCACAAAUUAUGACUUGGGUUCGGGCAUUAUUAAAAGAUAAAGGAAUUGAAGAAUAUCAAGACCCAGUUGCUGACAUGGGACUAGAAUUUCUAACACGAUAUUUGAGUGAAUUAAUUGGUGAUAUUAUAAUAUUUUCUGAACAUGCUCAAAAUGUACAACCAACAUUAAAUGAUGUUAAGAUGGCAAUUAAAAUGAGACAUAGAACAACUACUUCUACAUCUAAAGAUCAACUUAGAGAACGAGUUAAUGCAUGUAAUACAGCUAAAUUACCAAGAAAUUUUGUUGCAUCAGUUGAAUUACCAAAACCACAAGAUGAUAAUUAUACAUUAUUACAAAGAAAUUAUAGAGUUAAAACAAAUGAUGAUUUUGAUGAUGAAGAUGAAGAAAUAGAUAAGAAUAUUAAUACUGAAUUACCAGUAUUACCUCCUUCAAUGUAA